UUUCUUAUUUUUCUUCUCCUUCUGGUGUGUGCAAUUGAGUUCCGGAACACUACCACCACCUGCUGGUCCCAUUGGGUAAUCGCUAUCAAAAUAAACAAAAAAAAAAAACCCCAUAGAAUUUAAUAUGAAAAAUAGAUAUAAACAUGUGAUACUUAUCAGAAGGGGCUGUACCUCUAGGGGUCACACCGGAAAGGACCAAAUAUGGGUUUUUAACAGAAGUCAUUUAAGUCAUUUACCUAAGUGGUAAGUGACUUGUUUCGUUGCAGCAACGAUCACGUGAGGGCCGCAUGAAUACAGGCAAGCGGCCGCACUUCGGUGUGAUGGUAAAUAUGACUUCACUGGUCAAGUUCAGCGCGGACGCUCCCCCGGCCAUACCCCACCUCCUCCUGUGGCAGCGGGUGUAAAAGGUCCGGCACGCGAGGUGCAACUUUUGGGGGGCAGCGUCGACCAGGGGUGAGGACGGCAGGAUCGGAGUUCCUCCGCUUCUGUCAGCAGCGAGCGUCCGGACGUCAUACAAGCGCUGCCCUCAUGUGACUAUAAAUAACCUGUGGCUGCUACAGUAUGAGGAGACGCCGCGGGUCAGUGGGCUGCGCCGUUUUCCACCGAGGAGUUCCCUGCAAACAGGUGAAUUUAGCGGCGAUUUCUUGAAGGCUUCUGAGGCGCAAUUAUGCCCGUGCCCCCGCCUCCACCGCCUCCUCCUCCUCCAUUAGGACCCCCUCCUCCUCCUCCACCUCCAGCACAGUCUCCUCCGGAGCCUCCUCACUUUCAGCUGGGAGGUGGAGGAGGAAGGAAUGCUCUUCUAGCUGACAUCCAGAAAGGAACAAGACUAAAGAAAGUCACACAGGUCAACGACCGGAGCGCCCCUGUUGUGGACAAACGCAGGUCCAUUUCAGAAGAUGUGUCCAGCAGUGUGGGAGCCGCUCAGGACUUCCCUGGUGUGUCCCUUGGUGGGCUUUUCGCCGGGGGUUUUCCCACCCUCAGGCCAGUCCGCCACAGAGACUUGGCAGGAAAGAUACCAGUGUCCCGCUCCAGCUCCUCCGCCUCCCUCAGGCCGCUCUGGAACGCACCGACAGACUCAAGCAACUUCUCGGACAAGACGGAAAGAGGAAGCGUAUCCCACCGUCCACUCGCUCCGUCCGCCUCCGCUCCUCCCUCACCCACCUUCAGCAGCAAGCAUCCAACUCCUCUCCCAGUGUUCUCUCCUCCACCUGCUCCUCUCUCUGCUCCUCCUCCUCCUCCACCUGCUCCUCUCUCUGCUCCUCCACCUGCCCCACUAUCCGCACCUCCUCCUCCUCCACCUCCAGCUUUUCAAGACCGACCACCCAGCAAACCCCCUCCACUUCCGUCCUGCCCUCCACCACCGCCUCCCAGCCAGGUCACAAAACCAACAUGGCUGCCACUUCAGCCAUCCCAAUACAUCCCUCAGCCUUCGACGCCCCCUCCACCACCUCCAUCUUACAUGCAUCCCUCUACUGUCUCAGGUGAUCGCUCCUCAGGGAGUUUCUACCCUCCACCUCCCACCCCUGUCCACUCCGAACCCUCCAGGUUUCCUGUCCUACGAGACAGCCCCCUGGGCCCUCCUCCUCCUCCCCCACCUCUACCUGCCUCCUACACACCCAACUGUCUCAUCACCCUCCAACCGCCUCCUCCUCCCAAACUUGCUGCUGUGACCGUGCGAUCUCUACCACCCUCCUAUCCCUGCAACGCACCGACCAGGCGACCGCCUGCGGUUCCCAGGAGUGCAGUUGUAGGUCGACCGGCUCCACCACCAGCCCCUCCCACACGCUCCCCCAGCACUGAGCUGUCCUGCCGUAUUCCUCCUCCUCCUCCACCUCUGCCCCCAUCCAGUCUGAGAAAUGGACACCUGCACAGUUUGGCAGACGACUUUGAGUCCAAGUUCCAUUUCCACCCGGUUGAAGAUUUACCGCCUCCUGAGGAGUUCAAGCCGUUCCCGCGCAUCUACCCCAGCAAAGAAAACAGAGCUGUGAACUCCAAACCACCUGGGUUCAGGACACACCUCCGCUGAGCUAAGGCCUCAUCCUGUUCUUCAUCCCACACAUUCCCUAGUGGGUUCAGCUGACCGAGAACAAUGAGAACCAAAGCUUUACAUUUGGAUACAAACCUUCCUAUAUGGGAUCUCGAACCUCAUAUUGGACGUCUGACCUCUGACCGUCUUCCAGUGUGGAAUGUUUUGAAUGUGUGUGAGAGGAGGGCUCUUCCCACUCGGCCCUGUCUACAGCGAGCAGUUCCAGUCUUCCAAGUGCUAUUAGCUCACUGUUGGACAAAACUGGACAUUCUCUCUCUCUUGUUGAGUUAAACUGUAGUACAGAAGCACUUAGAUGUUUGUUUUUCAAUGACCAAGUCCUCAAGAAAAUAGUUCAGCUGGAUAUUCGCUCAUUUAUUUGAAUAUAAAUCUAUACAAUUGUGACACACCACACUCUCUAAUGUUCAUGUUCAAUCGGUUAGGAUGCAAAUUAAAGUCUAUAUUUCCUCUUUUCCGACAGAUAAAAGGGCUGGAGAGUAAGAUCAAGAAGUUAGCGCCAUCUGCUGGGAAAAGUUAAAAACACUAUGAAAUAGAUUUUCAAACCUUUACAAUUUUAAUUAAAUUCAGUCCUUUUAAAUUGUAUCAAUGAAUAAUAAUUGAUAUUCGAUAUUUGGUAAUGUUCUAUUCAUUUUUACAAGCAGUUUCAUUUAUUUUGGACUGGAAAAUAAUGAAGAUAUAUUCAUCAAUGAUCAACAUGUGGCAUGAAUGUAUUAAGAAAAAAGAUUUUACAUGUUAUUUACAUGUUAUAAUUGUAUUCCCUAAACUACGAAACAUUGAAACAGCUUCUUACUUUGAAGAGCAACACCUGUUGUGCGUUCAUUCCCAUGGAUUAAGAUGGUAUUGCCUCUAAUAGACAACGACUGGAUUGGGUUAUUACAGUAAGAAAAAAAUACAACCAAUUGCUGCACAUUUUCUUUAAUUUUCUUGUAUAAUAAACACACUGUUUUGUGUUUCCAAACGGCAUUCCUUACACCACAGAGACAUUAAACAUACUAAAUGUUGAAUGCACCACACAACAUUUACAAAUGGCACCUGAGAAAACCCUUAUGAAACCAUUAGGUCAGAGGCUGUGACAUCAAAGUUCAUCGUGCUUGUAUGUAAAUUCUCUGGAAGAUAUAAAACCGUCUUUGUUUUCAUCUUCUUUGGCAAAAAUGUCCUU